AUGGCCACUGUAAUCCCUCCCCCCAGCAAGCGCCAACGCCUGGAGGCUUCAGAGAGGGCGAAACAGCAGCAAGAAGUCCAAGCGAUCCCGGAUAAUCUUGGAAGCAUUCGAGUGCAAUUCUUCGACCAGGGAACAGGGAAAGCCUCCGGCGCGGCUGUCGCUAUCCCUGUUGCUGAUGCAACGGUUAGGAAUCUGGAAAUUCUGCUUAAUACGCUACAAGGAAAUGAGGAUCAUGAACGAGUCCCGUAUCGGUUUUCGUACAGGCCAGAGGGCGAAACGGACGACGCGAUCGAUAUCUUAACUGAUAUCUAUCAAACCCUUCUGAAGCCUGGUCUCAAGACGUCUGAAGAUAUCAUCCACCUUCAAUACACGCCUCAAGCCGUUUUCCGUGUCAAAGCCGUAUCACGAUGCUCUGCUUCAAUAGCGGGGCAUGGUGAAGCAAUUUUAUCCACAUCAUUUUCCCCCGCAUCUUCUUCACGCAUGGCCACCGGUAGUGGGGACUCCACAGCGCGGAUUUGGGAUUGUGAUACUGGAACGCCCGUUUACACACUGAAAGGUCAUUCGAGCUGGGUUUUGGUGGUCAGCUGGUCGCCCAAUGAUAAGAUACUAGCGACUGGCAGCAUGGACAACACAGUCCGACUAUGGGAUCCAAACACAGGGCAAGCCUUGGGCGCUCCCUUGAAGGGCCAUUCGAAAUGGAUUAUGAGUUUAGCAUGGGAACCUUACCAUUUACAGGAACCUGGAAGGCCCAGGUUAGCUUCUUCCUCCAAGGAUUCGACCGUUCGAAUAUGGGAUGUUGUGUCGAAGCGCAUUGAAAGUGUACUCACGGGCCACAAAGGUUCGGUCUCAUGUGUUAGAUGGGGCGGGACUGGAAGGAUUUACACAUCCUCGCAUGACAAAACCAUCAAGAUAUGGAAUCCCAAGGAUGGCAGCCUAAUACAGACUCUGUCUUCACACACCCACCGCGUGAACCAUCUUGCUUUGUCCACCGAUUUCGUGCUCCGCACCUCCUUUUACGAGCAUAACAAAGUUGCCCCGGAGUCCGAUGUGGACCGGAUUGCAACGGCCAAGCAACGAUUUGAAAAAGCCGCAACCAUCAAUGGGAAAGUCACGGAGAGGCUGGUAUCGGCCAGCGAUGAUUUCACGAUGUUCCUGUGGGAUCCCGCGUCUUCGAAUAAGCCCAUCGCCCGUAUGCUCGGACACCAAAAAGAAGUCAACCAUGUUACAUUUUCCCCUGAUGGUGCCUAUAUUGCGUCGGCCAGUUUCGACAACCAUGUGAAGCUAUGGAAUGCUCGAGAUGGAAAGUUUAUAUCCUCUCUACGCGGGCAUGUUGGUGCAGUAUAUCAAUGCUGCUUCUCAGCAGACUCCCGACUCCUUGUUUCAUCGUCCAAAGACACGACGCUCAAAGUGUGGGACGUACGAACUGGCAAACUGGCCAUGGACCUCCCAGGCCAUCAAGACGAAGUCUAUGCCGUAGACUGGAGCCCAGACGGGGAGAAAAAUCCGAACCCAAACCCGAUGGUAUCUAUACCGGAAAGCACUACCCUCAUGCGGUUGAUUCAUUUGCUUCACGUUCCGUUCAAACUCAUUGUUCCCGACGAUAUUCCCACGCGGCCAAAAACGGCACACGUAGAAGAGCCCGACAGCCUUUCCCUCAUGAUGAUGAGGAGACUUGGGGCUAAAAUGAGGUUCAUGGCCGCAAUCAUAUUCGGCGCAGCCGACGGCACUAGUAUUCCUCCAUACGACCUGCGUAAAGGAGGAUGUACCAUAGCCAAAACCAGGGUCCCCGUAAUCAUACUUGCGUCGCUGAGCCAUCCAAGAAUUAACUGCGGAGGUUAUAUUAGGCUCGUUGUAGGCUAG